CCAACUAGUAAGUCGGAGGGAGGCUCCCAUUUUCGCCUUGCAAAAAGAGAGAGAAAAUGCAGAGUCCGCAGAACCUCUUAUUACUAGCUAAAACCCCAAACCUAAACCCCUCUUAUCCUCUCUUCCUCCCCAAACUCACCUUCUCAAACUCACGAAAGCCCCGAUUCUGCGGCCAAAAUGGUGUCCGGUGCAUGGCGGGGCGCAGCGAGAAGAAGAAGAAGGGCGGAGGGGCGUCGCCGGGCCGCAUCGAGGGCGACGCCAAUUUCCGCCGGGCCGUGAAGGAUGGGGCGCGGCGCAAGAGCAAGAAGCUCGCCGAGUCCCGCUUCUACCGCCUCCGCAGGAACCCCAAGAGCCAGAACCAGGCCGACAACUUCACCGACGACGAGCUCCAGCAGAUCGGCCUCGGCUACGACCGGAUGGUCCGUUUCAUGGAAAAAGACGACCCCAAUCUGCGCCACCCCUUCGACUGGUACAAGUACGGCGAGUUCGGGCCCUACUCCUGGCGCGGCGUCGUCGUCGGCGACCCCAUUCGCGGCCGCUUCUCGGACGAGCAGGUGACCUUGAUUAGCGAGGUGAGGGACCAGGAAGAGUGGGAGAAGAUUGAGCAGUUCGAAAUGGCUUCAGAUUACGGGAGAAGAUUGAACGAAAUGGAUAGGAGUGAAGGGUUUAAACACUUCUGGGUGUUUGUGAGGCACCCCAAGUGGAGGCUCAACGAGCUGCCAUGGCAGCAGUGGACAUUGGUCUGUGAGGUCGUCGUCGAAGGCGGUAAAGGGAGGUUGGACAAGUGGAGUCUCAUGGGUAGGCUCGGGAACAAGUCCAGGGCGCAGAUAACCCAAUGCGCGGCGUGGAUGAGGCCGGACAUCAUAUACGUGAAGAAGCCGGUGUAUCAGUGUAGGUUCGAACCUCAGGAGGCUUUCUUGAAGGGGUUGAUGCCGUUGUUGGAUCCGACCACGGAGAAGGAGUUCUUGUUCCAGGUGAGGAGCGAGGAUGGGAGCGUGGAGAUGUGCACUUAUUUCGGCGGCUUGUGUAAGAUCGUGAGGGCGAGUCCCAAGGCAUUUGUGGACGAUGUGGUGAAGGCGUACGAGAGGCUGAGCGACGAGAGGAAGUCUGAUUGCUUGGAGUUCUUGUUGAGCAAUCAUCCGGUGCCGUUGUUGCAUCCGUAUACGAAGGAGUGGAAGGCGAAGUUGGAGGAGAUGGAGUUGGGGUGCGAUGCGCCGGAUGAUGAUGAGGACGACCGUGCCGGUGAGACCGAGAUUGUAGAUUGGAUUGAGGAUGAUGGUGAUGACGACGAUGAGCAAGAUGAUAUAGUUAUGGACAUGGAAGAAGAAGAAGAAGAAGAAGAAGCUGGAGAUACGGAAUUGGGUAUUGAAGAAGAGGAUUCGAGUAUGGAAGAUGAGAAAAAGUCAUGGGAUGAGGAGUUCAAAAAGGCUGUGAACAGCGCCGAUGCAAUGGAGAUGUUAGCGAAACGCAGCGUGCAAACGACUACUAAAUACUAUGAGCAGCAGUUGAGGGCAAUGGGAGAAGCAGAGCAAAAGGGAAAAGAAAAUGUUGGGCUGGAGGGAAAAGUGAAUGUUGCAGAGGAUGGAGAUGAAACCGCUAUGAGGGGGAAAAGGCCGAAAGUGAGCCCAGAAGAAUGGAAGUAUGCUGGGAUUGGUCCAUGGAGGAGAAGGAUCAAGAAGAGUAGGAUUCCUCCGGAGCUGUUUUUGCGAGCAGCAGUAAGACCAUUCACGUAUAGAAAUCUUGUGAAGGAGAUUGUUUUGGUGAGGCAUGGAAUUGUGGAUGGUGAUUUUAGUAGGAAGGCUUGAAGCAUCAGAUUAUUUUUGAAUCCUGUUUUGUAGAAUUUCUUUCCAGGAUGAUCAUAUUUUACGAGUCCCGAUUUAUAGA